AUGUCUCAACCCGUCGGUGACAUCGGCCUCAUUGGUCUGGCCGUCAUGGGCCAAAACUUGAUCCUUAACAUGAAUGACAAGGGCUUCACCGUUGUUGCGUUCAACCGUACAACGAGCAAAGUAGAUCAUUUUCUCGCGAACGAAGCAAAGGGGACGAAAGUGCAAGGCGCCCACUCUAUUGAGGAGCUGUGCGCCAAGCUUAAGAAGCCCCGCAAGAUUAUUCUCCUCGUGAAAGCCGGUCCUGCCGUCGAUUCGUUCAUUGAGCAGCUCAUCCCCCACCUCGAGCCCGGUGACAUCGUCAUUGAUGGUGGUAACUCUCACUAUCCUGACAGUAUCCGCCGCUGCAAGGAGCUCGAGGCGAAGGGCUUCUUGUUCGUUGGCUCCGGCGUUUCCGGUGGUGAGGAGGGUGCUCGAUAUGGUCCUUCACUCAUGCCGGGCGGUUCGCCCGCCGCAUGGCCAUUCAUCAAACCUAUCUUCCAGGCAGCCGCUGCACAGGUCAACGGCGAGCCCUGCUGCGACUGGGUCGGCGAGACUGGUUCGGGUCACUACGUCAAGAUGGUCCACAACGGUAUCGAGUACGGUGAUAUGCAGCUGAUCGCUGAGGCUUACGACAUUCUGCACCGUGGCCUCGACCUAAAGGAGGACGAGAUUGCGGACAUUUUCCUCACGUGGAAUAAGGGUGUCCUCGACUCGUUCCUGAUCGACAUUACCGCGAACAUCCUGAAAUUCAAGGAUGACGACGGUGAGCCCAUGGUGAGCAAGAUUCUUGACAAGGCAGGCCAAAAGGGAACGGGCAAGUGGACGGCCAUCGCUGCGCUUGACGCGGGCAUGCCUGUUACGCUCAUUGGUGAGGCUGUCUUCGCGCGUUGCCUGUCGUCCAUCAAAGAGGAGCGUGUCCGUGCGAGCAAAGUCAUUAGCGGUCCUCAGAAGGAGGAGUUCAAGGGCGAUAAGAAGCAGUUCAUCGACGAUCUUGAGCAGGCAUUGUAUGCCUCGAAGAUUAUAUCGUAUGCUCAGGGUUUCAUGCUCAUGAGGGAGACCGCGAAGGAGAUGAACUGGAACCUGAACUAUGCUGGUAUCGCGCGCAUGUGGCGAGGCGGUUGCAUCAUCAAGAGUGUCUUCCUUGGUGACAUUAACUCGGCAUACCAGAAGAAACAGGACCUAGAGUCGCUCCUGUUCGACGAAUUCUUCAACAAGGCGGUGCACAAGGCACAGCCGGGUUGGAGGCGCAUCAUCGCGCAGGCCGUCCUCUGGGGUAUUCCAACACCUGCGUUCAGCACCGCACUUGCCUUCUUCGAUGGCUAUAGAAGCGAAGUCGUCCCAGCAAACAUUCUGCAAGCACAGCGUGACUACUUCGGCGCGCACACUUUCCGAGUUAUGCCGGGCAAGGAGAGUGCGCAUCUCAAGGCUGGCGAGGACAUCCAUAUUAACUGGACCGGCCGUGGCGGUAACGUCGCUGCGAGUACGUACUCUGCAUGA